CUUGCGCUGAGAUUUGAAGCCCUUCGUGAUUCAGAGCAACGCUGAUGGAGUGAAGACGGGAGAAAAGGAAAAGACUGGAUAAAGUGACGGUUAAAAGUCUUUUUGUGACGGUUUAUAGUCUGAACGGGGAUUUUAAAAAGCAGCCAUGUCACCCUGUCGCCUUCCCUGCCUGCUGCUGGCUCUCGCGAUCUUCCAGAGCUCCGUGUCCGCCGAACAGCGGAGGCUCUCUCCAGAAAAUCUUCUGGUGAUCACCGCGGCAACUGAGGAGACAGACGGCUUCAAGCGAUUCAUGAGGACGGCCGGAGAGUUCAACUACACCGUGAAGGUGCUGGGUCUGGGGGAGGAGUGGAAAGGGGGAGAUGUGGCCCGGACUGUGGGGGGAGGUCAGAAGGUCCGAUGGCUGAAGAGAGAGCUGCUCAAACACUCCGACAACAAGGACCUGGUGGUCCUCUUCGUGGACAGUUAUGAUGUGAUCUUUGCGUCUGGUCCCGAGGAGUUGCUCUCCAAGUUCUCUGGUCUGCGUCACCGAGUGGUUUUCUCCGCUGAGGGGUUUUGCUGGCCCGACCAGAGACUGGCCCCCAAAUACCCCCCGGUGCAUUCUGGGAAACGCUACCUCAACUCAGGAGGCUUCAUCGGCUUUGCCUCAGAUCUCAGUACGUUGGUCCAGCAGUGGAAGUAUAAAGACAACGAUGACGACCAGCUGUUCUACACCAAAAUCUACCUGGACAAGACUCAGAGGACCAAGUUCAACAUGACUCUGGACCAUCGUUCCCAAAUCUUCCAGAAUCUCAACGGAGCUGUUGAUGAAGUGGUCCUGAAGUUUGAGAGGGCAAAGGUCAGAGCGAGGAACGUUGCCUACGACACACUUCCUGUCAUUAUCCAUGGCAACGGCCCCACCAAGCUGCAGCUGAACUACCUGGGGAACUAUGUGCCUUCGGCGUGGACGUUUGAGAACGGCUGUGGGAUCUGUGACGACGACCUGCUCCUCUUCAACGACACACCGGAUGAGGAGAUGCCCCUGGUGUACAUCUCGGUAUUCAUUGAACAUGCGACUCCCUUCAUGGACGAGUUCUUGGAACGACUGACGACGCUCAACUACCCGACCUCCAGGCUCCGCCUCUUCAUCCACAACAACGUGGUGUACCACGAGCGCCACGUCCAGAGGUUCUGGGAGCGCCACCGGUCUCUGUUCCCCGACGCUCUGCUGGUCGGACCGGAGGAGAACCUGCCAGAGAACAAAGCCAGAGCCAUGGCUGUAGAGGUGUGUAAGAAGGAUCCAGGCUGUGACUACUACUUCAGCAUAGACUCUGACGUGGCCCUGACCAACCCCGACACUCUGAGGAUCCUCAUCGAGGAGAACAAGGCGGUGAUAGCACCCAUGUUGUCCCGACACGGGAAGCUGUGGAGUAACUUCUGGGGCGCUCUGAGUCCAGAAGGGUUUUACUCCAGAUCUGAAGACUACAUCGAGAUUGUGCAGGCCAAGAGGAUUGGCCUGUGGAACGUGCCCUACAUCACCCAGGCCUACCUGAUCAAAGGCAGCGUGCUGCGGUCCAAACUGUCCCAGUCCAGCCUGUUCGUGGACGAGACCAUGGACGCCGACAUGGCGUUCUGCAGGAGCAUCAGAGACCAGGGAGUCUUCAUGUUCGUGUCCAACCGCGAUGAGUAUGGCCGUCUGGUGGCAUCGUCCAACUUCAACACAUCCAGGCUCCACCCGGACAUGUGGCAGAUCUUUGACAACCCUGUGGACUGGAAGGAGAAGUACAUCAGCGAGAACUACUCCAAGAUCUUUGAAGACGAGAAGAGUUUUGUGGAGCAGCCCUGCCCAGAUGUGUACUGGUUUCCAGCCUUCUCUGAGAAGAUGUGUGAUCAUCUGGUGGAGACCAUGGAGCAUCACGGAGAGUGGUCCGGGGGGUCCCACAAGGACGAGCGUCUGGCCGGGGGCUACGAGAACGUGCCCACCGUAGACAUCCACAUGGUCCAGAUUGGCUUUGAGAAGGAGUGGCUCAAGUUCCUCAAAGAGUACAUAGUCCCCGUCACGGAGAAGCUCUACCCCGGCUACUACCCCAAGGCCCAGGCCAUCAUGAACUUCGUGGUGCGUUACCGUCCUGAUGAGCAGCCGUCUCUGCGGCCGCAUCACGACUCCUCCACCUUCACCAUCAACAUCGCCCUCAACAGCAAGGGGGUCGACUACGAGGGUGGAGGCUGCAGGUUCCUGAGGUAUAACUGCCAGGUGGAGUCCCCCAGGAAGGGCUGGUCCUUCAUGCACCCGGGCCGGCUGACCCACUACCACGAGGGCCUGCCCACCACCCGAGGGACCCGCUACAUCAUGGUCUCCUUCGUAGACCCGUAACCAUGGAGACACGCCCCCUGGUCCCCCGUCUCUCACACACACACACAGGAACAUCUGGUCAUCCUCACAGGAUCCUGAACGCAUCGUCUCACAACUGAGAGGCCCUUUCAGAAUAAGAGUCUCUUCAUUUAGUAACCUCAGAAAACAAGCAGCACGGGCCCUUUCAGAAUAAGAGUCUCUUCAUUUAGUAACCUCAGACAACAAGCAACACGGGCCCUUUCAGAAUAAGAGUCUCUUCAUUAUUAUUCAUUUAGUAACCUCAGAAAACAAGCAGCACGGGCCCUUUCAGAAUAAGAGUCUCUUCAUUUAGUAACCUCAGACAACAAGCAGCAUGGGCCCUUUCAGAAUAAGGGUCUCUUCAUUAUUAUUCAUUUAGUGACCUCAGAAAACAAGCAGCACGGGCCCUUUCAGAAUAAGAGUCUCUUCAUUUAGUAACCUCAGAAAACAAGCAGCAUGGGCCCUUUUAGAAUAAGAGUCUUCAUCUAAUAACAGACAACAAACAACACAGUCCCUUUCAGAAUAAGAGUCUCUUCAUUUAGUAACUCAAACAAACAUGGGCCCUUUCAAAAUAAGAGUCUCUUCAUUAUUAUUCAUUUAGUAACCUCAGAAAACAAGCAGCAUGGGCCCUUUCAGAAUAAGAGUCACCAUGCUGCCUUUUUCAUUACACUACCUAGAUCUAUGCAAGCACAACAAGGUGUGUGUGUGUGUGUGUGUGUGUGUGUGUGUGUGUGUGUGUGUGUGUGUGUGUGUCUGUGUGUGUGUGUGUGUGUGUGUGUGUGUGUUACACUCCAUCUUCCUGAAUGUUCAGUGUGAAGUUUGAGGUUUUUUUUCAGCUGAAAACAGGAAACCAUAAAGAUCAGGAGAAAUAUAAGUGCAAGAAAAGAACCCUUUUUUAUAAGAGUAAAUCCAGUGUGGAAACCCUAAAUCUAUCUUAAAGUGUUACUGUUACCAGGACAACCGAAGGGCUGAUGUCAUAUGUUCAUAUGUUUGAUGUCUUCCAUCCAUCCAUGUGUCUCUUGUGUUUCCUCCGUGGUGUUCAGAGGUCUCCACCCUCCGACUCCACCGUCUCUGGCUUUGUACAAACUGCCUUAAAUUAUUUGUUAAUGAUUGAGCCAAUAAAGUUUUGAGAUUUUAAUAAAUAA